AUGUCUGAACUGCACGAUGGCCCCGCAUACAAAUGGGAUCCCCUGUUCUCGGAAGCGUACGCAUUUCUCAAGCAAGGGAAAUCUCCAGGAGCAAACAUGGAGGAGCUCGCAAACAAGACAGACACCUCCUUCUCCUUCAGUGUGAAGAGCCUCCAGUCGCGGCUGUUUGACAUCGACGCGUCCUUAAAGGUGUGGAGCGCAGCGGAUGUUCUCGAGAAGCAUUUGAAGCGCAACGUGCAAGGGUUCACAAUGAGGAGAAUCUUGCGUCAGAUCCUAUGGAAGGACAUCCUGGUUUCGGUCGUCCUGUAUGCUAUGCACACCAUUUUUAGCAUCGGGAUGCCAGUCGUCGCCUACUUCCUCCUCAAGUGGAUGGAGCAGGAAGAUCCGCCACAGUGGCAGGGGUUCCUCCUUGCAGCUCUGCUGGGGCUGUGCAACGUGUCGAGCUCGUUGGCGAAGGAGUACUUCGUGGAUCGCUGCAACGUGAUGGGAUUGUGGACGGUAGCAGCUCUCAGUGGUGUGACGUACCGCAAGUGCCUCCGUCUGCCGCUGACGGACGCGUUCUCGGGGUAUGUCGGCAAGAUCGCAGAGCUGUGCAGCAGCAGCUCUGACAUGAUCCUCUCCUACUGGAGCGCUGUUCUGACCCUGUGCUUGCAACCGGUCGAGAUCCUCUCACUGGUCGCAACCCUCUACAUCUUCGUGGAGUGGGCGUCGGUGGGGGGGAUAGCGGUGGUGGUGCUGUCGAUCUUCUUUUCCUCGCUCGCCAGCAAGAAAUUAGAGAAAGUUUCGGUCAUGCGCGCUAAUGCUGCUGAGGAGCAUUCGCAGUUGGUGAACGAGUGUGUAAGCGCAAUGAAAGCGAUCAAGUUUAACGCAUGGGAGUCGAGGUGGAUUGCUCUGGUGAUCUUGCAGGAGAGAGAGAAGGGCGGUGAGAGUGACUUCGGACGUGACCAGGUCAACGUGUCGUCGAAUCCUGCUGUCGAUGUCAUAUCCCUCGCUAUCGUCGCUCUCUACACGGCAGCGGCGGGUAACCCGCUCACUCCCGCUGUCCUCGCGGCCUACUGGAUUUUCCACUUCCCUGAGAGUGUCCGGACUUGGGCGCAGGGAUCAGCAGCUUUGAUGAGGUUCGAGACUUUCUUUGAUAUCGAAGAGUUUGCUACUAGCAAGGACGGACGAGGGUCAAAUGAGCAAAGGAAGAACAAGCAGGAGGAGGAGGAGGAGGAGGAGGAGGAGGAGGAUGUCGAAGAUUUUCUGCGGGAAGGCAUCUGGAUGGAGGAUGUGGACCUUGCAUGGGAUGUGAAUCCUGAGCGAGAGGACGAGGAUGGAACAACGAGCAGACAAGCAGCGCGCGAGGUAACGACGACAGCAAGACAGGAUCCCACUUCGCCUUCCUCUCAGUUAAGGGGGGGCAAAGAGACCAACUCUCCUCCCCUCCCUCCCCUCCUUGAGGGGAUGACAGUCAGGAUUGACUCAGGGAGUCUGGUGGGGAUCGAGGGGAAAGUAGGAAGCGGCAAGACCAGCCUCCUGCUCGCGUUGAUGGGAGAGAUCUCUCCCGCUCGGGGGACGAUGAGGAGCCUGCGACGUCUUCCUGUUGCCGUUGCCUGGGUCCCGCAGAACCCCUGGAUCUUCAACGCAAGCCUGCGGGAAAACAUCCUGCUGGGGAGGAGGUGGGAGGAAGAGAGGUACCGGCAGGUGUGCGAGGCUUGCGCGCUGAGCGAGGAUCUGGUCCUGUUGCCCAAGGGAGAUCUGACCAGGAUAGGAGAGAGAGGGGUAAAUCUCUCUGGGGGACAGAAGCAACGUCUCAGCCUGGCAAGAGCAGCCUAUGGCAAUUCACCCUUUGUUCUUCUUGACGACCCCCUAGCGGCGCUGGACAUGAAAGUAAGGCUGCAUGUCUGGAAGCAUUGCAUCUGUGGCAUCAUGAAGGAUUCAACAAGGCUGAUAGUGUCUCAUGAUGAGUUUGUUCUCAAAGAUUGCCACAAGCUCCUUCACCUCGAGCAAGGCAGGCUGACGGUGUCUGGCGAUUACUACAGUCUGCACAAACAGAACUCUGUUGGUGCGAUGGAGAAGUCAGCGGGGGAGGACAAGGAAUUUGAUGCCAUAGAGAUGAAUAUCAUAGAUCCCUGCGUCGAGGAGACGUUUGAUGAUGAUGAGGAUGUGCCAGAAGGGAUCUUGACAUUCAUCAAGAACUUUGCUCGAGGUGUUGGCGGGUAUUGGUAUGCUUUCCUCGCUGUCUCCAUCAUCGCCUUUGAAGGAGGGAUGGUCGAGCUCGGUGUCUACAUUCUUGCUGGAUGGGCGGACGAAGGUCUGAAGAAUCCAGAGAAGUCGACGAGUCAGAUAGGUUAUUAUCUUCCUUUCUACGCCGCUUGCGUCAUUGCCGAGUUGUUUGCCUGUGCGGUUCGCAAUUUCGUUUACAUCUACGGAACCUCCCGGGCAGUAGCCCACCAGCAUCGAGAGCUGGUGGAGAGCGUUCUUGGCAGCCCCGUCGCGCACCUCGAUCAGAUCGAAAGCGGGAAGGUUGUGAAUUUGUUCGCUCAAUCCCUCGCUCAACUGGAUCUUUCCGUCCUGAUGGCAUCUGAUUUCUUUCUCUACGGCUUCUGCUAUGGCAUUGCCAUUGCUGUUCUGUGUUGUUUCUACGUAUACUGGUUGGUAGUAGUCGCACUCAUCACGCUCUUCCUCAUCAACAAUGUCUCCAACACGUUCAAAUCCUGCAAGGGGUUGAAAACCUUGCACGAGAAGAUCCGUCCGUCUAUCCUCGCUCACUUCUCAACAACUCUAGAGGGACUCCCUUCCAUCAGGGCCUACCGACAUCAGAAGAUCAUGCUGAAAGAGUUUGAAAAACGAUUCGAUGCUCAUACCCAGAUCGCGCUGAUGUCUUGCAAGACAGAUUCUUGGUUGAUGGUGAUGACAAUGCUUCUUUCUGUCUUGUUCUACACUGUCACUGCCGUCGGGAUUGUGCUCCACACCGCCAAACAUGGACUUGCGUCCAACGCGUUUGCUGUCUCACCUGCAAACUCUGGUGACUGCUUUUGUGAUCAUGAUGGAAAUGAUGGAGAUGAUGGAGAUGAUGAUGAUGAUGAUGAUGAUGAUGAUGAUGAUGAUGAUGAUGAUGAUGAUGAUGAUGAAGGCGAUGAAGGUGAUGAUGAUGAUAAAGACGACGAUGACGACGACGACGACGACGACGAUGACGAUGUUGUUGUUUUUGUUUUGUUGUCGAUGAUCAUAGUUGACCUUGCUAGAGUCCGAGAAAGUUUGUUGAGGUACUGCCGGAAGACACCAAGAGAAAAUCUUGGUCGGACGGAUUUUGAGGAUCAGCUUGACCCUGAAUGGCCCAGGAGCGGUGCUGUUGAAUUUCGACAAGUCGUCAUGAGAUAUCCAUCGCAAAGUUCUCCAGCAAUCAACGGACUUUCCCUGUUCGUUGCAGCGGGGGAGAAGAUGGGGAUUGUUGGGAGAACAGGAGCAGGGAAAUCUUCUGUCGUCACAGCGCUGCUCCGUCUGGUGGACUGCGAGCAAGGAAGCAUAACGAUCGACAAUGUUGACAUCGGCAAGUUGGGGCUGACGACAUUGAGGUCUUCCAUCUCGAUCGUCAGUCAAGACCCGAUUAUCUUCUCCGGCUCACUCAGAAAGAACCUUGACCCCCACAACGAGCAUGAUUCUGACAGUCACCUUUGGAACAUCUUACAGUUGACAGGGCUAAAGGAGAAAGUUGAAAGUCUGGGAGGGCUCGAAGCAGAGGUCGCCGACCUGGGAGAAAACUUGUCGCACGGGCAGCGACAGCUGAUCUGCAUAGCUCGAGCACUUCUGAGAGACCGGAAGAUCCUGGUGCUAGACGAAGCUACAUCUUCUCUCGACCUGGAGUCUGAGAUGAGAGUCAUCAAGGAGAUUGCCAAGUCUGCGUCACAAGCGACCGUUAUCCAGGUGGCCCACAGGUUGCAAGCGUUGGUUGGAAGCAGCAAGGUCUUGGUUAUGGACAAAGGGCGAGCCAUCGAGUACGGGACUCCACGAGAGCUGCUCGGGGAUACAAACACGGUCUUCGCAGAGAUGGUCAACUCGCUCGACAGCGAGGCGAGUGAGCUGCUUCGCAGGAAGCUUUGCCUUGAAUGA